AUGGCUGGCAUUGCCGAAGCUUCCCCAUACAUCGCUUGCGGUCCAGACUACGCCAAUGCAGGUCACAUUUCCCUGCCAUAUCCGCCGGCGGAUCGGGAGGGCACCUCGACCACGAUCUGGCCCAACCUGUGCUACAGCUCGACAGGUCUAGAACACUCUUCAGAUGUCUUCUUACCUACCCUCCCCUUGCAAACUGCCGAAUGGGAUAUAGCAGAGGGCUUCCUCAAGUAUCCCGACCCAAGCAGCAUUACCAGCCCUCCCGCCGAAAGCGUUACAUCUGGGAGCGAAAGCUCUCAAAGCGCCGGCAUGAUAUGGGAUUAUCAAAACGACCAACUCCCACAGGGCCCUGAAUACAGCCCGUCAACACCAGCAACCUCCACCACAUCUGACAACUGCUUCUCCAUCGCACCAUCAUCACUACACACAUUCAAAGAAGAGCCUUCAACAGCCUGCAAGAAGCAGACCAAGACUCGAAAAGCAUCAUCAUUGUCAUCAACUGAAGAGGGCAGCGUCGCAAAAAGGCCUCGCCGGACCAAGACCCCUCAAGAACAAGAAGCAAGCCGCCAGCGCAUUCGAGAGAAGAAUCGCGUGGCGGCGGACAAGUGCCGCGGCAGACAGCGAGUCGCGGUGGAAAAGCUCAGCUCCAGGCACGACGCCUUGGAAGAUGAGAAUCGACAGCUCAAUCAGAUUAUGAAAGACUUAGUCGCGGAGCGGAUUGUGCUGAAGAAUAUGCUGCUGGAGCAUGGCAGCUGCGGGUGCGAAUUAAUUGAGAAUUAUCUGCGGGACAGCGCGGUGCGAUGGGUGAAGCAGGUAGAAUCACAGUCUAUUAAUGUAGAGGCGGCCUGA